UGAUAUCAACGCGGAUAUAACGUGCGUGAGCGUACAAAAUGGCUACCACUCUGAAACUUGUACGAAGGAGUUUUGGCGUGUCAUCGGGUCUUCGUGAUAUCGUCAAGGCGCCCAUUCAAGUAUUUGGUGUUGAAGGUCGCUAUGCUCAUGCCAUCUUCUCAGCAGCUGCAAGAAAAAAGAAGCUAGAAGAGGUCGAAAAGGAGUUACAAGGCGUAAAGAGUGUUAUUGAGAGUAACUCAUCACUUUUCGAUUAUUUGACUAAUCCGAUAGUGAAGAGAGACCACAAGAAAGAAACUCUUCAAGAACUCUUGAAGAAGUCGUCACCAAUAACAGUCAAUCUGUUCAAUGCUCUCGCUGAGAACAAUCGACUUGGCAGAACGUUGGGAGUGAUAGGAGCUUACGACAGAAUUAUGAGUGCACAUAGGGGAGAGGUCGAGUGUGUGGUGACUGCAGCCAAGCAACUGACUGAACCUGAAUUGAAAGAACUGAAGGCAUCCUUGUCAGGUUUUCUGCAGAAAGGGCAGGCAUUGAAGCUAGAAACAAAGAUUGAUUCUUCUCUGUUGGGUGGUCUGGUGGUAGAAAUUGGUGACAAGCGUAUUGACAUGACGGUGAAGGCCAAGGUAAAGAAAAUCAGGGAUUUGUUGAUGGAGGCUGUGUAGACAAACACACGCUUAGAGUCAUACCUCAAUUUGUCUAUGCACGAGUUGUCUACGUUGGGUAGAUUAUCAAUGUAACCAUCUUAUAUUCUUGUCUGCCAAUGGCGUAUGCUAAGUCUUUCAAGAUAUACUGAAUUCUAUAGUUUUGUUUCCCCGUU